UUGCAAAAGUACCAUACCCCAAACCCAAACACAUCAUUAAUUAAAAACUCUUGGCUCUCAGUGUUUGGGCUUCUAAGAUUUUUCCCAAUUUCUUUCAAGCAAAGCGAGUAAUGGGGGACCAGCCUAGCAGAGCUCUGGUGCUUUACGGUGACAGAUUGGCGCGAUUCCUUAGUCCAUCUCAUACCCAUCUCCAUUCUCUCGCUUCUCGGGCCUGCUGCGGCUUCUUGUCUCUCCCUCACUCUCCUCCUUCAGAAAAUGAGGAUGGAAGAAUAGUGAGAGAGUUUGCAGAGCUACUUGAUGCGAGUGAAGCUUAUAAUGAAAUGAAUAAACAAGAUCUUUCUGAAGCAAAAUGUCAAGAAAAGUUUGUAACACCCACUGUAUCGCAGAGGUUUAUGGGGAUGAAAGCUGCAAUUGUCACUGAUAAUUCGAUCUUGAACGGUUUUUGUAGUCACCUUGGCUUCACCGUGUUGCAGCUGGAAGAUUUAGUUCAUAGCAGCUUUGAUGUGGCCAAGUUGGCCUCUGAGUUGCUAAAAUUACUAGGGUUUCAAGAGGGAAAGGUUUUGGAGACAAGCCAAUUUGAUUUAGUAAUUGUUCAUGUUGGUAGUAGCAAAAAGAGUACUCUUGAAGACAUAGAGCAUGUCAAUGGUUUGGUUGGUGAGUUAAUAAACACGUCACAACCUAGGACUGGAGUUGGUUCUCAGCUGCACCUCUCUGUCUUAUUGAGCUUCGGGGCUAUUAUAGAAAAUGAAAAUUCCAAUUUUUCUGUUGCUGACGGUAGACAUGAGAAUAGUCUUGAGCUUUGUAGACUCUUUCCUCGCCAAAGUUAUACAUUAAAAGGAGGAAAACCUCGAGAGAAUGUUAGAAAACAUUGCCCAAUGUUAGUUGCUCAAUGGCAAGAUGCUGUAACUCGCAAAGAUAGGGUAGAAUCAUAUUCUUUUGAAGAUUUUAAAGAGCAUGGCGGGAAUCUUGUAAUUCCAACCGACAGAUACUUGCAUGAAAUAGCGUUUAAGCUUUGGAAAGCUCCAAAAUAUGGAGCAUGAAGUAUUUCUACUUGGAGAUCCUAUUUGGCUUAGUCAACUAUAAGAUCAGCAUUUGAAUUUGAAUCUUAUGUUUUUGCAAGAUAAUAUAUGUUUUGAUAUUUGUUUUAUACAAGUAUUGCAAUAAGAAUUAGAAUAUACAUCUCCCCUACACUUAUAUUUGGGAGUUGCCAAUUGCCCCUGAAAAAUGGCACCCCUAUUUAGCCAUUGAUCCGAAUCUCCUUCUGCUGCCAUAACCUCACGCGACUGAAGCUGCACGGCUGCCGCGACGUCACCGAUGUUGGGAUCGGCGUUCGCCCAGAACUGUAAGAGCUUGAAAAAGUUCUCAUGUGGGACUUACAUGUUCGGAGCAAAGAUGGAAUAAUAAUGAGAUUAUUAGAGUAAAUUGCACUUUUGGUCCUCUGACUAUAGCACCUCUAUUAAUUUCAACACUUGACUUUUAAAAGUAACGAAUUGAUCCUUUGACUAUGCUUUUUUUAACGGAUUUGGUCCUCCCGGCCAAAUCACCUGCCAAAUCAGGCCGGAAAAACUUAACCCAUUUCUAAUUACAAAAUAGUGAGGGCAUAAAGGUCAUUUUACAAGGUCUUCUUCCUCUUACUUGCACUUGCUCGCCGGGAAACCUUGAAAUUAAGAGCAACCAUCGCCGUUGGAGGAAUGUUCAUUUUACUACGUCAGCUCUAGCUACGGAUAUGGAGGAAUCGAUGAACGAUUUCCGGGAACUGAGUUGGCUGGCCCAUCACACAACUCUCUCUCUCGGGAUGGAGGAAUAUUACAUAUUUGAAAACAUAUGAAUGGACAUUCCCAUCACACAGCUCUAGCUACGGAAAUGGAGGAAUUUAAAUUCUUAGCUAGAGAAAUAUCAAACCUUUGCAUUUGAUGGGUUUCCCUAUAGUGUCUGAUGCAGAUUUGGACUCCAUCACACAACUCUCUCUCUCUCUCUCGGGAUGGAGGCGCUUUGCAAGGAAAAGUUAAUUGCCAUUUAUGCUUUUCUCCAGCUGGGUCAGAUCAGGAAGGAGAGCCGGAGGCGGCGGCAUUUUCGACGGUUUUGGUUCAGAUCUCCGAUUUUCUUCUCCGAUUUUGGUUCAGUUCUCCGGUAAGAUGAUUGGGGUUGGCUGUGGCAGCCGCGGUGGCGACAUUUCCAGCGACCUAAUGGGGAAGAAGAGCAUAGGCAGGAGAAAAGACCAAAAUGCCCUCAUUUUAAAACUAAUUAAAAUGAAUUAUAACUUUCCGGCUGUGAUUUGGCCGGAGGACCAAAUGUGUUAAAAAUUGCAUAGUUACAGGAUUAAAAUGUUAGUUUUUAAAGUCGAGUGUUGCAAUUAACACAGGUCCUAUAGUCAUAGGACCAAAAGUGCAAUUUACUCGAGAUUAUUAUUACAGUCAUCUACUCACAGAUCAUGGAUGAUGAGUAUGAGAAACUCAUAAGAAGAAUGAGUCCACCAAGGUGGAUAGUGCUAACAAACAAGGAUUAUAUUUGUUCUAAUGGAGGAUGGUAAGGGCAUUUUGUUUUCCUUCAGCUUUCUUGUUGGAAUGUUUCUUCACUGUCGAAAAAAAAAAAAACAAACGAGUUGACACGUUCUUGGGUUAAAUUUUUGAGUUGUUCCUCGUUCCAUGUCUUUUUGGUAGUCUUCAAUGUCACAGAUCAAGAGGGAAACAAGAUAACAGAUGAAGCAAUGUUGGAUUAUAUUAUGAAGGUGAGUUGUUUCUUUGUAUAAAAAUCUGGGGUCACUAUUCGAAGGUGUACACGGGAUAAAUCUUACCUUGUAACCCUAGCUAACAAAAGACUAUAACGAGGUGAAUGAGCUUUGGGCUUCUACCAGAAUUAAACUUAUAAUCUUGUGAUUACUAAGACAAUAGUCUGACUAAGUUGGUUGAGAUUAUUCGCAAUGCAUUAGGUUUGUAGUUUACCAUGCUUGAUGAAGUGAGAUUCGUGACAAUUUGUUAUUAAUUAUUGUAUUACUGUUGGUUACAAACCAUCAGGUUAAGCGAUCGUAUCAAACAUUAUUAUGUGGCUUUUCAUGGCAAUCUUAAGAGGCA